AUGCAUUUCACGAAUCUCGAUGAUACUCCAAUGUUCCGUCAUCAGCUUCAAUGCUUGGAGGAAAGUGCAGAAUCAUUGCGCCUCAGAAGCGUAAAGUUCUACAAAGGAUGUAGAAAGUAUACGGAAGGACUUGGAGAGGCAUAUGAUGGGGACAUCGCAUUUGUGAGCUCCCUUGAAAAUUUUGGAGGAGGACAUAAUGAUCCCCAUUUCGUUGCUUUGGGAGGACCUGUAAUGAACAAAUUUACCAUUGCUUUGAGGGAAAUCAGUACAUUCAAGGAACUUCUUCGGUCGCGGGUAGAACACAUGAUUGAUGACCGGUUACUACAAAUUGUCAAUGUUGACAUCAAUGAAGUUAAGAUACCCCAGAUCUGGAAUAUAUUUUUGCUUAUAAUUUGA